UAGCCGGGCGGAUCGCGCCCCGCGUUCACGUUCACUCAAAAUUUCAGUCGAUUUUUUGUUAAUACAAAUGGAUAUAACCAGAAAACUGACGAAAGCCUUAAUAGAGAUGUAUUUUGAUAAAAAGUGUUUGUGGCAAGUGCAUUCUGAGGAAUACAAGAGGCGUGAUUUGAAGAAAAAAGCGUAUCAAGAUAUAGUAGCGUUCCUGCGUCGGAACGGAGUCAAGGAUGCGAACGUGAAACUGGUUCGCGAUAAAAUACAAAACAUGAGACGUGCUAUGAGAAAAGAGAAAAAACGGAUCGACGAUUCGGGAGGGACUUAUAGCCCUACUUUAUGGUACUACGACCUCCUAACAUUUGUUAACCAUCGGAAUAUUCAGAAUGAACAAAAUAGCUCAAACAGUGAUACUACCAGCUGUCCUGUAAUCAAUAUUGACGAAAGUGAUGAAGAAGUCACCUUACAAGAAUUAAGAGACAACGUUCUGCCAAAUGAGGAGGAGAUGCUUGAUCUGUCUGUAAUUCCACUGCCACCUGCACGGAAAAAGGCUUCUCGAAUGAAAAACAUAAAUGAUGAGCACAAGGCGUUGGGUAUAAGCGUCGCUUCAAAAAUGAGGAGAAUGGAAGAAUAUCAGCAGAUUUAUGCCGAACUUCUUAUACAAAAAGUUAUAGCCCGGGGUCUUCUAGGCCAGCUCCACCAAAAUACAGACAUUGUGGACGUGGUGCAGGACAAUAAGACAGUAAUUAGUAGUGAAGAAUGAAUAAUAGGAAAUUGAAUUUAUAUUUUUGAGGUGUUACUACUCUUAAAUCGUCAACAAGAAAGCUGAACGAGUAUAAGAAUAUAGUCUGCAUAAAAUUAUAUUCCUUUAUUAGUAGAAGUGGAAUCCAUGAACAAAGGACUGAACUGUCUCAACUAUGUCCAAAAACUUUUCAUAAAUUUCCUAUCAAGGCUUUAGCACAUAAAUCCAAGUCACGUGAAAUAUUUUUACAUGUUUGACCUUCAGGUAGAAAAGCCAAUGAAUAAGUAGAUACAAAUUCUGAAACUGAUAACAUAGGUAGGUACCUAUAAGUAAACUGAAUAUUAUUAAGGCUCAAAUUCCUUACGAUUCCAUGUUUGUUAUCAAUAGAAGAAGAUGUUCUGAAACGAUGUUUUUGCAUUUAAUUUUAAUCAUUCGAUACUCAUUAUCUGAAAGUAAGAUAAAGUUAAAAGUUAUUUUUAAAAGUCGUUUUCUGAAAGUCUCUGAGGUCUCGUAAAGUGCGUGUGUGUUUUCACUCAUUAUUAUUAUGUCCCUCUCCUAUUAAAGUAAAAUAUUAUUAUUAUUUUUAAUCUCGUUAAAAAUAGUAUAUUAAAAAUAGAACACUAAAAACAAAUGAA